AUGGAGUAGAAAUCAUUUCUGGGAACAAAUAUAUAACUCAAGGUAGAACUAUAUCUUCCCCAAACGGAAGAUUUGAGUUUGGUUUCUUCAAACCCGGUGAAUCUCCCAACUAUUACGCGGGCAUUUGGUACAAAAACAUCUCCCCUCAAACCACAAUUUGGGUAGCAAAUAGGGCCACCCCAAUCCCCCCCUCUACAAUCAACUCAACCAAGCUAACAAUCCUCGACCGCAACUUAGUCCUCAUAGACGCGGCCGCACAAAACUCGGUCUGGUCAACCAAUAUCAGCGCCCCAUUAAAACUCAGCCCUGUCCUAGCAUCUCUCCGCGACGACGGGAACUUGAUUCUGAGCCACGACGGCAUCAAUUCAACAGCCCCACUUUGGCAAAGUUUCGACCACCCAACCAACACAUUCGUGCCGGGCUCCAAGGUCGGAUAUAACAAGCGCACCAAAACCAAACAGGUGUUCACGUCGUGGAAAAAUCGCGACGAUCCCGCCCCCGGCCUAUUCUCCUUUUUCUAUGUCCCCAACGAGUCGCAUCAACUCUGGAACGGCACAGAGAUUUAUUGGAAUAGCGCAACCAUAGUUGGAAAUGGAAAUUCGUCGCUAACUUUGAAGGCGUAUAGACAGAGACUCGACCCGGCGUUCAAUUUCACCAUUGUUGACAACGAAAACGAGACUUACUUUUUGUUUUACAAUCUCGUUCCGUCCAUCAUAACCAGACACAUUCUCGACGUAAAUGGGCAACAGAAGACUCUGUUUUGGUCCGAGGUUGAGAAGGAGUGGAUGCUGACUUUUGUUUCGCCGCUGAAACAAUGCGACGUUUAUGCGUUUUGUGGGGAAUUUGGCAUCUGUAGCGACAAUUCUACGCCGGUUUGUGAUUGCUUGCACGGUUUCAGGCGCAAAUCAGAAACAGAGUGGGGAUUGAAUGAAUUCUUCCUUGGUGGUUGCGUAAGGAAUACCAGUUUGAAAUGUGGGAUUAAUUACCAAGAAGAGGACAUUGAUCGAUUCAGAAUGUAUCCAAACGUGAGAUUGCCCAGACAUCCUCAAAACACGACAACUAAGAAUCAGGCAGAAUGUGAGUCCAUUUGUCUGAAAAAUUGUUCCUGUACUGCCUAUGCUUAUAGUAGUGGUUGUUGUUCCUUUUGGGAAGGACAACUCCUUAACCUGAAACAGUUAGGGGAAGAGGAUGGCAAUGGAAGCACUAUUUACAUCAGAUUUGCUUCACCCUCUGAAUUUUCCAAUCAGAAAGGUACAAAUUCAAAGUUCAAAGCUAUCAUACCUAGUGUAGCAGUGGCUGCAGCGGCUCUACUUGGGUGCAGUAUUUGCUACAUUUGUUAUAGGAGGAGGAGAACAAAACAUGCAAUAAUGGAUCAAUCGAUAGAUGAAGAUACUGAUGAAGAGAAAGUCAUUGGCGUCCAAUUCUUUAGUUUGCAAAGCAUAUUGGAGGCAACCGACAACUUUUCUGAAGCAAAUAAGUUAGGAAAAGGAGGCUUUGGUAUAGUUUAUAAGGGUGUGUUUUUUGGAGGGCAAGAAAUUGCAGUAAAAAGAUUAUCUAAUCAAUCUGGACAAGGAAUCAACGAAUUUAAGAACGAAGUUGCAUUAAUUGCAAAGCUUCAACACAGAAAUCUAGUUAAACUUGUAGGCUACUGUACACAAGCGAAAGAAAAGAUCUUGCUCUAUGAAUAUAUGCCCAACAAAAGUUUAGACACUUUCAUAUUUGAACAAACACAUCAACUAUUGUUGGAUUGGAGGAAAAGAUUUGACGUCAUAUUGGGAAUUGCAAGAGGACUUGUAUACAUCCAUCAUGAUUCAAGAUUGAGAAUCGUUCAUAGAGACAUAAAGACAAAUAACAUUUUAUUAGAUGAAGAAAUGAUACCCAAGAUUUCAGAUUUUGGAUUAGCCAGAAUGAUGGUGGGGAAUACAUUUGAAGCAAAUACCAAAAAAAUUGCUGGCACCUACGGCUACAUGUCUCCCGAGUAUGCAUUAAGUGGACUUUUCUCAAUUAAGUCAGACGUAUUUAGUUUUGGAGUGAUUAUACUUGAGAUCAUUUGUGGAAAGAAAAACAAAACGUUCUAUUGGCAUGAAGAAGUCUCAAACCUUUUAGGCUACGCAUGGAAAUUAUGGAAUGAAGGGAAUGCAAUGGAUUUAUUAGAUGACUCACUACUAGAAUGUUGUAUGGAAUGUGAAGUGCUGAAGUGCAUAAAUGUUGGAUUGCUAUGUGUUGAGGAAGAUCCCAAUUGUCGUCCUAACAUGUCUAAUGUACUUCGAAUGUUGACGGAUGAAAGUAUGGCUUUACCUAAACCAAAUCAACCAGCUUUUGUCACAAGAACUCAAACUUGCAAUGACUCUUCUAUUAUUCGAUCUGAACAACCAUGUUCCAAUCAUAUGACUUUUUCAACACAAGAAGGUCGAGCAAUGGAAAACAAUGUUCUUGUAUUGCUUUCUUGGCUCCUUCUACUCAUCUCUCUUUCCCAUACCCCACUCUCCCAUGGAGCACAAACCAUUUCCGGGAACACAUAUUUAACUCAAACUACAACUCUAUCCUCUCUGAAUGAAAGAUUCGAGCUGGGAUUCUUCCGACCCGGUAAAUCUUCAAACUAUUACGUCGGGAUUUGGUACAAAAACAUCUCCCCCCAAACCGUAGUUUGGGUAGCCAAUAGAAUCUCACCCGUCCCCUCCGCCGCAAUCUCCGCCGCCAAAUUAAGAAUCCUAGACGGAAACCUCGUAAUCGUCGACGGCGCCGGGAAUUUAAUCUGGUCAACCAAUAUCACCACCACAGUGAAACAGAGCUCCGUCGUGGCAAUUCUUGGCGACGACGGGAACUUGGUUUUGAGCGACGGUUCAAAAAAACUUACAAAACCCACACUUUGGCAAAGUUUCGACCACCCGACAGACACGAAUCUAGCCGGGUCCAAAUUCGGGUACAACAAACGAACCAAAACAACGUUUGGGCUCACGGCGUGGAAAAGCGCCGACGACCCGGCGCCGGGGCCGUACUCCAUCUUCUACGUCCCCACCGAAAUUCUCCACGUGUGGAACGGCACGGAGGGGUACGGGGCCGGCCUGCGCAAAUUCGCAAACGGAACUUUAGUGGCGUUUAGGCCAAAUCCGGUGAUCAAUUUCACGCUCGUGGACAACGAAAACGAGACUUACUUCACAUAUUUCCUGCUCGACCAAUCCAUCAUCGCCCGACACGUAAUCGACAUCGACGGCCGAGAAAAGGAGCUAACCUGGUCGGAAACUGCCAAGACAUGGAUGGCCACCUACGUUAACCCGAAAAACCAGUGCGAUGUUUACGCGUAUUGCGGCCCAUUCGGCAUCUGCAGCGAGAAUUCCGUCCCCGUCUGUGAUUGCUUGCAUGGUUUCCGGCGCAAAUCGGAAACAGAGUGGGGAAUAAGCAAAUUCUUUGGUGGGUGUUUAAGGAAUACAAGUUUGAAGUGUGGGGUUAAUUACCAAGAAGAGGAUAUGGAUAAAUUUAAAACGUAUCCAAACGUGAGAUUGCCCAGACAUCCUCAAAACACGACGGCUAAGAAUCAGGCGGAUUGUGAGUCCACUUGUCUCAGAAACUGUUCUUGUACUGCCUAUGCUUAUGAUGAUCGCAAUGGUCGUUGUUCGGUCUGGGCGGGAGAACUCCUCGAUCUGAAACAGUUCGGGAAAGACGAUGUGGGUAAUGAAAGCACGAUUUACAUCAGACUUGCCGCCUCUGAAUUCCCAAAUAUCAAAGAAACAAGCUCGAAGCACUGGAAGCUGGAAGCUAUCAUAGCUAGUUUAGGAGUUGCUGCAACGGCUCUACUUGCAUGCAGUAUUUGCUACGUCUGUUAUAAGAAGAGGAGAACAACGUUGAAAAUAACAGAACAUGGAAUGGAUGACCAUGAAAUGAUAGACCAUGAAGAUAAUGAUGAGAAAAGCAGCAUUGACGUUCAGUGCUUUACUUUCCAAAACAUACUGGAAGCUACAGACAAUUUUUCCGAUGCAAAUAAGCUAGGAAAAGGAGGAUUUGGUCCCGUUUAUAAGGGUGUGCUUUCGGGAGGACAAGAAAUUGCAGUAAAAAGAUUAUCAAGUUUAUCUGGGCAAGGUGUCAAUGAAUUUAAGAAUGAAAUUGCACUAAUUGCAAAGCUUCAACAUAGAAAUUUGGUUAAUCUGGUAGGCUACUGCAUGCAAGCGAAAGAAAGGAUCUUAGUAUAUGAGUACAUGCCAAACAAGAGUUUAGACACCUUCAUAUUCGAUCAAACACGCCGCUUGUUGUUGGAUUGGAACAAGAGAUUUGACAUCAUAUUAGGAAUUGCCCGAGGGCUUGUAUAUCUUCAUCAGGAUUCAAGAUUGAGAAUUAUCCAUAGAGAUAUGAAAACAAAUAACAUUUUAUUGGAUGAAGAAAUGGCGCCCAAGAUUUCAGACUUUGGAUUAGCAAGAAUGAUGGCGGGAAAUGAAUUUGAGGCAAAUACCAAAAAGAUUGCUGGCACCUAUGGUUACCUAUCUCCUGAAUAUGCACUAAGUGGACUCUUCUCAAUUAAGUCCGAUGUAUUUAGUUUUGGGGUGAUCAUACUUGAAAUCGUUAGUGGAAAGAAAAACACAGCGUUCUACAAACAUGAAGAUGUCUCAAACCUUUUAGGCUAUGCAUGGAAAUUAUGGAACGAGGGAAACAUAAUGGAUUUAGUAGACGACUCACUACUAAAAUGUUGCAAGGAAUCUGAAGUGUUGAAGUGUAUAAAUGUGGGGUUGCUAUGUGUUGAAGAAGAUCCAAAUGUUCGUCCUAGCAUGCCUAGUGUACUUUUAAUGUUGUCGGACGAAAGUACAGUUCUUCCUAAACCAAACCAACCAGCUUUUGUCACGAGAAAACACACUUCUCUUGAAUGUGGCAUAAUGAUUGAAUCCGAAAAGCCAUGCUCCAAUCAAUUGACAUUUUCAACACAAGAAGGUCGAUAAGAAUGUUUGAUAGUGAUAUAUGUUAUAUUGUGCUCAACUUUAUAUGUAACAAUAAGUGUUGAAAAAAAAAAUUAAAAUACAUUUUAAAUUUUGUUGUUUGUUGAGUGGGAAGUUGUAAUCAUGUAUUGUUUAAUUUAAAUGCUAUUAGUGGGUAA